GGUUGCUUCCACGUCCUGGCUGUUGUAAAUAAUGCUGCAGUGAAAAUUGUGAGUACCCUGGCUUUUAAGUGCUAACCCUUUUUAUGACUUGUGAACCUCCAAAUACUUCUUCUGUGAUGAUUCUCUGUACUCCAGAGGGUUUGGAGAUUUGGUCAUUUUCUUAAUUAUUUCACAAAGUAAAGUUUGUAUCUUUUUAGGGUGAGUUAGAAGUCUUCCCUUGGAAAUCUUUUCUUCUGGUCUCCUUUGUUUGACCUUCCCCUCCAUUUGCCUCAGCCUGAUCCCUGAUGCUGGCUCUCCUUUUCCGAAAGUGCUGUCUGCUUUUUGGUAGACAGUUACUUGGCCCUAGUGACCCCUGUUCUUUUUUACUCCCUACCCUCUUACCUUGGCUGAUACUCCGUUAAGUUCUUUCUGAGGUCUUAGCAGGACAGUUAGUCUCUUACACUAUUUGAUGACUCUCUUCAAAUUAAAAGGGUACUUACUGGUUCUUCCCCGGAGAGUUUUGGGAAUGCAUUGUGUGUACCUGUCAGCUGCAUGGCAACACCAAGAUGGCUGCUCAUUCAGACUCUUGUUAAUUCACUGACAGUUCAAUAUUCUGUUUACGCAUCAUCUUUUUAUUGUGUGGUGUCAUGGUGUGAGCUGUAGUUUGGGGAUUUAUCAUUAUGAGUGAUAAACUAGAAGCACAAAGCUGAUAGAAUGUUGGGGACUUUUUAUUCUUUAAUUCUGUGUCCUAAACAUAGUAGGCAGUCAGUAAAUGUUUGCUUAGUUAAUUUUAUUUUCAUUAGUGUUGAUGAAACUCUGAGCUCCAACAACGACCUUAUGGUUUAAGCCAGGCCUCUCCCUCUUAUAGCCAAGGGAGCUAUGCCACCACUGUUCUGAAAAAGUACAUGUGGCUGCCUUCUCAGCAGAAUCCUUACCCGAUACUUAAUGAAGAUUGCCAUUUGAAAUAUACAAAAUUCACAUCUCCAACAGGAUUCUGAUUCUGACUCUUUGUUGAAUACCUCCUCAAGAGUUCUUAGUUUUCUUGAAAAUUCGUUAUGUCAUGUUACCACAGUGUUUUACAAACCUGGGCUUGAGUCACCAUAAUUUUUUUCUUCCUUUUUUGAUUUAAUGAAUGUGCUAUUAAAAAUACCCUGUUUUGUAACACUAUUUAUGUGAUAUAAAUUGCUUACUAAAUAUUUAAACCAGGCUUCAUUGUUUUUCAGAGUUGUCUUUUUCUUCAACUCUCCUUCCCCUGCCUUAUUUUGACUGUGUUUUCUUCUUUGCACUCAUUUGCUUCAAUUACUUUUCCCCUCUAAGCCAUCAGCAACUCUACAGCUUCCGUUUUUGUUUUUGUCUUUUAACAUGCAUUUAGUCAUACCAUUGCCCGUAAACCUUCUACUGCUCACUAGAUAAAGGCCAGCUCCUUGGCAUGACCUUGAUUCAAAGUCCUUGGUCCUGAUUGCGUUUUCAGCCUAAUCUCUAGUCACAUUGGACCACCGCUUCCUGUAUCACACUCAGCAAUACCCUGCCUUUAGGUGCUGUUUUUGUAACCUAGAGUGACUGCCAUUCUCUUCUGCCUACUCAUUUUUUUAACCAUCAUUGACCACCACCUAGGGCACAGACACAGAUAAGCUGAAAACUUAGUUACAGCCCACUCUGUUCCUAGAGCACUUUUUACAAACUUCAGCCGUAGCAUUUAGCACAUAAACUCUGUCUUCUUUUGCACAGUGACUAAAGAAAAAUUCACGUGUACUGUUCACUCUCAUAUACCUACUGGGUGUUCCUUCCUACCCCAUUUGUAUGCCAUUUGGGAAGGCAUACCUGAACUCAAGUGAGUUUGGUUGCCACUCAGCAUAAUCUUGAACUCAGUCUAUUUUUUUAAAUGGGUAUAAUUUGCAAUCUUUUGGACCUUAAUACAUGGUACACCUUACACUAAAUACUCUUUACAACUAAUUAUGACAUGUCUUAUAUCUGAUGAUGAGAAACUAACAUAUCAUAAGGUGGAGAUACACUGAUUUUAAGUUAUUGCAUUUUAAAUAUUAUAGCUGUUUGUUCCCCUAGAUUAUUUCUUGAGAGCUGUAGCUACUAAAUUAAACUUUAAGGGUAUUGCAGGGAAGACUCACACCCUCUGCUGGUAUUAAUGCCCUCUCUUUUGGCCUGCAUUGGAAAUACUGUAACAUUACAAUAAAAAAGUGUCCUGCUGAUUGCUUAUAAUAAGACUGAGAUUGCCUUAUCUUGUUUUACGUGUGUUCACUUUCACUAUUCUGAUUUUUCCCCCCUCUUACCAGUGUAUUCAUCAUGCUAGGAGUAAGGAAUUUAGUAAGCAUAUCACGUAAUUUUUUUCCCUGUUUUAAUUUUAGUAAGCUGUAUGCAACAUGCAUGACGUUUAUGACUUAACCAGCUAAAAGCUUAUCCUUUUAAAAAAAAUGCAAGACAUUAAUGUUGAUGGAAAUAUACUCUCUUAAUGUUAACCUAUCACUUGCUGCAAAUCUGAAAGAUAACGGAUAGAAUCUUUUACGUCUUCCAUUCACUACACAAAAAUAUGAGCCAGAAAAAAAUUCCACCCGAAUUCAAUGGGAGGGUUUAGUUUUAAGGACUAAUAGCGGCCUCAUCCGUUGUGAUUGCUUGCUUACAUAAUCUGUUAUGAAAGAAUGCUUCUAGGUAAACUGUGUCUCCAGAAUGCUUGUGAUUUGUUCUGUUUUGCUUGGGAAAGGGUUAAGAGGAGACAACAUCCUGUCAAAGACCUUGUUUUUAAUUUUGCUUCUCACACUGGCACAGAUCCUGCUAAGAGCAGCCCAGAUUAGUUCGGAAAACCUUUGAAGAGAUUUAAGAUGUCCUUCAGCCAGUUUGAAGGUUUUUGUCUUGCAAAUCCAGUACAAGGGCGCCUGCAGGCAUCUCGACCCUUGCUGUGCUGCUGAUGCAGCUCAAGGUCACACUAACCCGCCCUGUGACAUUCAACAACAACAAAAAAUUAUGCGGUGAAACUGCUUCAGCGUUCGGCCAGCCAACAACUUCCUUUAGUGAGGAACUGAGGAAGAAGUCUUUUUUUUUUCCCCCUCUUUUUCUUUUUCUGGGGGCUCUGUGAAUUUUUGCUGUAGGAAAUAAUCCUGGAUUUCUGGUGUGUGUGAUGACAAGGUCAUUUCUUAAUUAGAACACAUGUAAAGAACAAAGCUAAAUGGCUUCAAAACAGCUUUGUAGUUGAUGGAGAGGAUUUAAAUUAUUUAAAGAGAUAGUCACCCGUGUAUGAUGAAAGCUGAAUUCUAAAGGCAUUAACUCCUUCAUUCCUGUCUAUAUGCCAUUACUUUGAAUUCCUUAGUCUGACUUUUAGAAGGUUGCGUUCUAAACUUAAGAAAAUUUAUAAAUGGCCAUUUCUUAACAGGGUGAAACAUAAUUUAUAAAUCAAAUUCUUGGAUAAACUUUUAAUGGAGAAGUUUUCUCCCCACAAUAUUUAUCUCCUGGAAAUUUUAUCAAAUGGUUUGGUUUAGGAAGUAGGAAUCAGAAACUUUUUCUGCUGGCAACUGUGAUUUAUUUAUAAUGUGUUGGGGAGGGUUGAAUAAAAUGCUUCUUUAUCACCUCACCUUCUCUGCCUCACUUUUACAUUUGUGAUUUGGAAUUAUAGUAAACCACUUUGCCCUGAGCCUUUAGAAAAUAUAGCACAUAUCGUUCAGGUUUCUCAACUUUCAAAGAACUGGUGUAAAAAGACACACGUGUUCUUCCUAAGGGGGAAGAAAAGCAGUUUUAGUUUAAAAUGGACUUUAAGAAAGUUGUUUGUGAACAUAACGUGACUUUUUUGAGGCACAGUGAAACCAUGUCCAUAAACACUUAAUAGCCAUAUGGGCCUCCCUCUCCUCUGUGGGACCUGUUUCCCCAUUUUGUUCCCCCUUUGUUACCUGUGAGUGCUAAGUACCAGACAUUAGUUGGAAAGAGUCCAAGUAAAUUGGCUUUCUAAGCUUGAGACUUAAUGCAUAUCACCUCUAUAGGAUUAGAGCAGAAUAAUCAGAGAAGGUAAUUUUAUAGUUGAUACUUUUCUGUGUGUAUCAUACAUAGAAGCACGUCUUGCAGUUAUUCCUUUAUACACAAAAUCACAUCUCACAUCGUGUAGAGAAACUUUACUUCAACAUUAUGAUAUUAACAUACGUUUUCUCAGAAUUUGGUUGUUGCUUUCUUAAAGAAGAUGUUUCCCUGUACGUGUGACCAGAGUAGAUCCAGGGCACAUACUUCAGGAAGGUGGAUAUGAUAUUUUAAGUGUGAUUAUUUGAACUGAUAUUUUGGACUUUGUGGCCAACAGAUAACUAAGUUUCAGGGGAUAGCCUGAUGGAUUGUAUUAGAAGAACAGUUUAGAAUUGACUAGAUUUAAUAUUCUGGAAGAUUUUCUCCUGUCAAGAAGCAGUGUAUUUGGGUCCUCCAUGAAAAGUAAAAAGGUAUAUACACUUUUAGCUUAUGGCUAUUUUAAAGGAUUUUAGGUUUGCCAGAAGAAAAUGCUGGAGGGGAAAUCGACAUGCAAGGAAAUGGGUAGUGCGAUUCUGUGCAUCCCUGCCCUUGCAUGGAGUCUGGUAUGCCCUUAUGUCAUGUAUGACCCAAGCUCACCUGCUAGUAAUUUCUAAUUUACUGUCCUAAUUCAUCGAUUUGUUAUCGCUAAUUGUUCUUCAUUUACUUCUGUGUAGUUUCCAGUACCUAAAGGGUUGAAAGGUUGCUGUAACUGGCACCCGCAGCUGCUCUUUCUUUUGACAGGGGAUAAUUUUGCAGCCUAUGCUUUGUGUGACAGCUGCCUAAUUGGGCAUUCUCCCCUUGUAGCAAGGCUGCCUUCUCCAGCCUCCCUGCUGACAAAUGGUGGUGGAUUAUAGAUGAGGACACGCUGACCCAUACGACCUUGCUGAGGCAGCGGGGAGGGGCCUCCUGCUACUUGAGGGAAGCUUUAGGUCAUUUAGAGGACAAGGUCACUAGCCAGGUGGGGAAAUGACAUGAUAUCACAUGACAGUAGCCUGAUGACAUGGCCAGUGUGUCAAGGACAAAUGCAUCAGUCUCGGUUAAACAUUAUUGCAAUACUUCAUAGAAGGCUUAGUAUUUCUUAAUUGUUCUGCUGAUUUUUUUUGUUUUUUGUUUUCUUAGAAAAAGGAAGAGGGCAGAAUAAGACACAUGUAUUUUAGCAGUUUAAAGCAGUUGUUUACAUGAAAAUAGAGCUGGUUUAGAAAGCCUCCUCAUAAUUUUCUCCAGUCAUCCAGAGCGUUUUGUUCUUAAUUAUUGUUUAGUUUGCAGUCCUUUGACUAUCGGUACUUUUCAAGAGUUACUUGAAAAUUAAGGCAGGCACAUAAAAAUGAGGCAUUGUUAUAUUGUUAAAAAAUAUUUAACAACUUCUGUCAUCACCCUACUCAAUGAUUGGCAUACCUUUUCAUAUUUCGAAUAAAAGAAAAGUAAGCCAAGUGAAAAUGCUUAAUUGAAAGGAACCUCAAAACUCUGCAUUAAUGAGAUCAUAAAUACCACCAUGCUGUCAUAAUUAUAAAAUGCUAAAGAUGUUUUUUAAGUAAUUUUUUGAGACCUGAAAAUAUUUUUUAAAUACCAUGGGAUUAUAUUUGAUGUAAAAACUAAAAGAUAAAUGAAGAUCUUUUAGAUAUCUUUUCACUAUUGGUAAUAUACAUGUUUUUCUUGGAUAAGUGGAUUUGAGCUAUUAUAAUACCCUUUUUUAAGUGCAAACUCUUAAGAAUCCUUGCUGAGUCUAUUAACCCUAUAUUAAUACUUGAAAGAGUAAGUCCAUGUAAACUGUAUUGGAUAGUCCAAUUUAGAAAAAUGCCUUCUUUUAAAAACAGUGAACAGUUUAAUGCAAAAAAUAUUGUUCAUGAUUCUUGUUUUCUGGAAAAAAAAAAUAAUUGUUUUUGGGUACCAUUGAAUCUAAGCCCUCAGUUCUACGGGAGAUAAUUUUAUGCCCCUGAGGUAAAAAACUAUCAGUGGUAAAAGUGUGAUGAAUUAGUUCACUGAAGUAGACACAUCUGUAUUUUCAUGGUUUGUGCACGGUGUAUGAGUGUGUGUGUGUGCAUGUGUAUGUGUGUGUGUGUUUAAUUUUGACCGUGCUGUGCAUGUGUUUAGCUGCUCUCAAACUCUGACUCAAGCUUGGUGGAGGUUUAAUCCUGUGCCCUUGUACACGUAGACUUGAUUAGUAGUUGUGGUUAUCUCAGCAGAAGACAUACCGCCCUCUUCCUUGUAUUGGUCGGGACCUGGGCAUUGGGGAGUCAAGGCAAAGGAGAAAGAAAAGAGAUUUUCCAUUAGUAUUCUGUGAAAGCCUUACUGUCUGCAGAACAAAUUGAUUGCUCCGGUGUACCUGUGCUUGGCACCACUGCUGUGAAAGAAAGAACACUGAUAUUUGCAUUUAUUGUGGAACAAAAGGUGAAGAAGGAGAAGCAGUAUAUUCACUAAGGAUUCUAUCUGCUUGCUGCUGCAGACCUGUGUGUUGAGGAAUUCUGCUGCUGCUUCUUGCUUGGGAGUUAUCAACUCUGCAGUCAGGCUGCGCUGGGAGCCUGCCUGCCUUUUGUCUCGUCGUUGCCAACCAGCAGACCAAUCCCGGUCGGCACGGAACAGUACACCUCUGUCUAAUUACUAUGGAAGGUGAGAAACCGACAUUCACUAAUUGAAGUUACGUCUCACUCACCCACAGAAAACCAUUCUUCAAAGUGAAUAGAAACCAAGCCUUUGUGAACACUUCUAUUGAACAUGACUCAUGGAGAAGAGCUUGGCUCUGAUGUGCACCAGGAUUCUAUUGUUUUAACUUACCUAGAAGGAUUACUAAUGCAUCAGGCAGCAGAGGGAUCAGGUACUGCCAUCGACAAAAAGUCUGCUGGCUGUAAUGAAGAAGAUCAGAACUUUAACAUUUCUGGUAAUGCGUUUCCCACCUGUCAAAGUAAUGGUCCAGUUCUCAAUACACAUACAUAUCAGGGAUCUGGCAUGCUGCAUCUCAAAAAAGCCAGACUCUUGCAGUCUUCUGAGGACUGGAAUGCAGCGAAGCGGAAGAGGCUGUCUGAUUCCAUCGUAAAUUUAAACGUAAAGAAGGAAGCUUUGCUGGCUGGCAUGGCUGACAGUGUGCCUAAAGGCAAACAGGAUAACACGGUACUGGCCUCUUUGCUUCAGUCGUUCAGCUCUAGGCUGCAGACUGUUGCUCUGUCACAACAGAUUAGGCAGAGCCUCAAGGAGCAAGGAUACGCCCUCAGUCAUAAUUCUUUAAAAGUGGAGAAGGAUUUAAGGUGCUACGGUGUCGCAUCAAGUCACUUAAAAACUUUGCUGAAGAAAAGUAAAGCUAAAGAUCAAAAGCCUGAUACCAGUCUCCCUGACGUAACUAAAAACCUCAUCAGAGAUAGGUUCGUAGAGUCACCUCAUCAUGUUGGACAGAGUGGCACAAAGGUCAUGAGUGAACCCUUGUCAUGUGCUGCGAGGUUACAGGCUGUCGCGAGCAUGGUGGAAAAAAGGGCUAGUCCUGCCACUUCACCCAAGCCAAGUGUUGCUUGUAGCCAAUUAGCAUUACUCCUUUCAAGCGAAGCCCAUUUACAGCAGUAUUCUCGAGAACACGCUUUAAAGACACAAAAUGCAAAUCAGGCGGCAAGUGAAAGACUUGCUGCUAUGGCCAGAUUACAAGAAAAUGGCCAAAAGGAUGUGGGCAGUUUCCAGUUCUCAAAAGGAAUGUCAGGCCAUCUUAAUGGUCAGGCAAGAACAUCAUCAAACAAACUAAUGGCUAGCAAAAGUACAACAUUUCAGACUCCGAUGGGUAUUGUUCCUUCUUCCCCCAAAAAUGCAGGCUAUAAGAACUCACUGGAAAGAAGCAAUGCAAAACAAGCUGCUAAUAACAGUUUGCUUUUACAUCUCCUUAAAAGCCAGACCAUGCCUAAGCCAAUGAACGGACACAGUCAUAGUGAGAAAGGAAGCCUUUUUGAGGAGAGCAGUACACCUACAACUAUUGAUGAAUACUCAGAUAACAAUCCUAGUUUUACAGAUGAUAGCAGUGGUGAUGAAAGUUCAUAUUCCAACUGUGUUCCCAUAGACUUGUCCUGCAAACACCGAAUCGAAAAACCAGAACCUGACCAGCCUGUUUCUCUGGAUAACUUAACUCAGUCCUUGCUAAACACUUGGGAUCCCAAAGUCCCCGAAGUAGAUAUCAAAGAAGAUCAAGAUACCUCAAAGAAUUCUAAGCUAAAUUCGCACCAGAAAGUCACCCUGCUUCAGUUGCUACUUGGCCAUAAGAAUGAAGAAAAUGUAGAAAGAAACAACAGCCCUCAGGAACCACACAGUGAUGGGACAAAGUUCAGCACACAUAAUUACACGCGGACUUCUGUCAUAGAAAGCCCUAGUACCAGCAGGACUACUCCAGUGAGCACUCCACCAUUACUUGCAUCCACCAAAGCCGAGUCUCCCGUCAACCUUUCCCAACACUCUCUGGUCAUCAAAUGGAAUUCCCCACUGUAUGCCUGUGGCCCUCAGUCUGAAAAGCCAACGAAUACCACAUCAAACCACCUGAUGGACCUUACAAAAAGCAAAGAAUCGCAAGGGGAGAAACCAGUCCAAAAUGAAGGCACACAAAACUCUGCCACUUUCAGUGCCAGUAAACUGUUACAAAAUUUAGCGCAAUGUGGAAUGCAGUCUUCCGUGUCAGGGGAAGAGCAGAGACCCAGUAAACAGCUGCUGAGUGUAAACACAGAGAAACCUACAGGUAUGACUGAUAGACUGAAUAGCCCUCUGCUCUCAAAUAAAACAAAUGCAGUUGAAGAAAAUAAAGCAUUCGGCAGUCACGCAACAGGUCCUGAACCAGGACUUUCUGGUUCUGAAAUAGAAAAUCUGCUUGAAAGGCGCACCGUCCUCCAGUUGCUGCUGGGAAACCCCAACAAAGGGAAGCCCGAAAAGAAAGAGAAGAUGCCCUUAAGAGAUGAAAGUACUCAGGAACAUACAGAUAGAGCUUUAAGUGAACAAAUAUUGAUGGUGAAAAUAAAAUCUGAGCCUUGCGAUGACUUGCAUACGCAUACCACAAAUGUGCCCUUGAGCCACGACGCUCAGGGUGCCCCCUUCUUAGGCGUGGCUCCUGCCUUGCAGGGAAGCACAGCUGUCUUACCAGCGUCCGAGGACUUCAAAUCGGAGCCGGUCUCACCUCAGGAUUUUUCUUUCUCUAAGAACGGUCUGCUAAGUCGACUGCUGAGACAAAACCAAGAGAGUCACCCGGCUGAUGACCUGGACAGCAGUCACAGAAAUAGUGAACUGACACUUGUAGACUCAAAGAAUCUUUGCAUGGUCCCUAAAAAAAGGAAGCUUCAUACUGAGCCGUUAGAAAAUCCAUUUAAAAAGAUGAGAAAUAACAUAGUCGAUGCUGCAAACAGUCCCAGUGCUCCGAAGGUGCUGUAUGGGUCCUUGCUUAACCAGCAAGAGCUGAAGCUUAGCAGAAAUGAUCUUGAGUUUAAAUAUCCUGCCAGCCAUGGUUCAGCGAGUGACAGCGAACACAGGAAUUGGGCCAGAGAGAGCAAAAGCUUCAACGUUCUGAAACAGCUGCUUCUCUCUGAAAACUGUGUGAGAGAUUUGUCUCAGCACAGGAGUAAUUCUGUCAUCGACAGUAGAAAAAAAGGACACAGAAGCACUGGGACCAAUAGCAAGCCUGAAUUCAGCAUUUCUCCUUUGAACGGACUGAUGUACAGUGCAGCUCAGCCCAACAGCUGCAUGGGCCACAGGACAUUUCCACACCCCGGUGUUGGAAAACCUCCUGUGAGCCCUCCUUUCCCUGAGCACCUGGGCUGCGCAGGGUCUAGACCAGAAUCUGGGCUUGCGAAUGGGUGUUCCGUGCCCAGUGAGAAGGGACCCAUCAAGUGGGUUAUCACAGAUGUGGAUAAGAAUGAGUAUGAGAAAGACUCUCCGAGACUGACCAAAACUAACCCAAUACUGUAUUACAUGCUCCAGAAGGGAGGCAAUUCUGUUACCAGUCGAGAAACACAGGACAAGGACAUUUGGAGGGAGCCUUCAUCUGCUGAAAGUAUCUCGCAGGUUACAAUCAAAGAGGAGUUACUUCCUGCUGCAGAAACUAAAGCUUCUUUCUUUAAUUUAAGAAGCACUUACAAUAGCCAUAUGGGAAAUAAUGCCUCUCGCCCACACAGUGCAAAUGGAGAAGUUUAUGGACUUCUGGGAAACGUGCUAACAAUAAAAAAAGAAUCAGAAUAAAAUGUACCUGCCAUCCAUCUUUGGAUCUUUUUAAAACUAACUAGUAUGAACUUGAGAUCUGUAUAAAUAAGCGCAUGAUUUGAGAAAAGCAUGGUAUAAUUGAAACUUUUUCAUUUUGAAAAGAAUUGGUUACUGUGAUGUUUAAAUAUGCAUACUACUUCUUGCUUUACAUUAGAUGUCAUGAGGAAGCUGCUGAACUAGCAAUGGGUUGUUUAACACCUUCUUAUGCAUCAGACAACAACUGUGAGUAGCCCAUGAAUGAUAUUCUUUUUUAAUCAUAAAUAAUAGGCAUAAAUUAAAAUGUGAAUCUCCACCCACAGUGGAUUAAUGCAUUGCUGCCUUUAUUAGGGUACUUUAUUUUGCUUUUCAGAAGUCAGCGUACAUAACACGUUUUUUUAAAGUCCAAAUUGUUAAAUAAUAACUCCUUAAAGGAUAAUUAUUGAAUCAAAAAACCUAAUACUGAUUCAUUUUUUCAGUUCAAAAACAAAUCAGAAAAAAAUAUGCUUACAUUUUUCACUUUUGCUAAAAAAAAAAAAAGGAAAGAAAACACAUUUAUUUUUAAUUCUUGGAAGGGGUUUUGUGGUUCCUCAAUGUGCCUGCCCCACCCCAAUCCUUUUCAAUAUACUAUAUUUCUUUAAACCUUGUACUACUUAGUAAACAUUGAUUACAAUUGAUGGAAGUUUGAUAGAUCUUUAAAAAAACGGCAGAUUUCCAUUUUUGUAUUUUAACUACUUUACUAAAUUAAUAUUCCUCCUUUUACAGAAUUAGGAAAGUUAACAUGUAUCUUCAGGUGGUUUCCUGAAUAGUUGAAAUAAGAAGUUGUUUUUAACAAGCAAAAUGGCUUUUCUUUGGACCGUUUUCACCAUCUCUUGUAAAAGCUACUUCUCACCGUUUCUGUGGUACCUGUGAGUCUUAUGACCAGGGUUUCUUAAAGUUGGACUCAGACCACCUGCAUCAGAAUCAUCUGGAGCACUUGUUUUAAAAUGCAGAUUCCUAGGCAGCAUCUCAGAUCUACAGAACAAGAACCUCUGCUAAGUGGACCUGGGAAUCUUCCUUCUGCAUCUUAAUAUACUCCCUAGGUGUUUCUUCUGCACACUGAAAUUUGAAUUUUGAAAAUUGAAACCAUUGCCUAUGACUUCUCUCAACACAGGAUUGUGAACAAACUAUUUGAUGCCUGUAUUUUCCCCAGUACAGUCACACAUCAACUCAAAAUUUGCAAUAUUGUACUUCAUAUAUUACUGCUAUGUCUUUGGAAAUCGGGUUCAGAAUACUUUUUAUGACAAAAAAAAAAUCGGGUGGAGGGGACAACUUUCAUAUUUGGCUCAACAUCUCAGGAAAAUCUGUGAUUAUUUGUGUGUUCUAAUGAGUAACAUCUACUUAAUUAGCCUUAGGGAUGGAAUAACAGGGCCACUUACCAAACUCAGGUGAUUCCAGGAUGGUUUGGCAACUCCUCCUGAAUACAUCCUUAACUUCCCUUAAAACCAUUGUCCUAAGAACAGUGCUGACAAAGAUGAAAACAUUUAUUUCAAACCCAAGAAAGGCACUAAACUCAGAUUGACUAAACAAAAAAGUACAAAGGGCACAUAUACAUGACAGAUUUGUACACAGUCACUCCAUCGGAUCUGUUAUUUUAAAAUAGUGAUUAAAAGUAAACAUUGAUGUUUUCUUGGAAGAACUUAAUGUAUUAUCGAGCCGCAUGGGGUUUCUAUCUUGAAACAAGUCCAUGCUUUUCAGUUCAGUUUUUACAAUCCACAAUUCUUUCACCAGAUAUUUUUGGGUUUAAUUGUGAGCUGAGUUAGCAACUGACCUAUCAAAAAAUUGUUAUAUAAUCGACUGUUAAUUAGAAGGAAAUCUAUUUGAAAUUGUUCUACUUGAGGUUGUUUCUAAGAUUUUUAUAUUAAAAAUGGGCGUUAUUUCCUAAUAUGAUCUAAAACCCUAAAUGAUUAUUUUUUUCUCAAAAUAAUUUGUAAAUAGUUACUGGAUAUAUUAUAAAAUAAUAGGAGCGAAUAUUAUGCUACAUCAUGAAAAUUCCACUGGCCAGUGAAGAUAUCCAACUCCAUCCCAUCUUUAUUCUGUGACAAUCUUAUUGUCUACACUGUAUAAAUAAGCUUUUAACCAAGUCAUUUUUUUCUGCCGUUGUGAAAGGUCUGGAGCCUUAGAAGUAUGCUAGAAAAAAAUACUGAUAUUCCCCCUUGGUUAGGGGAAAAUGGGCUUUUACAAGGGGGUGAAACUUAGGUCAGGAAAAAGAACAUCAAGGGCCAGCUUUGCCUUUUCUGUUUGUUUCUUUGGUUGGUCAUUUGUUUUGUUGUUGUUGUUACUGUUGUCAGCAGUCAAAGAAACGAAGGCGUGUCAUAUAUAAAUAAACAUGACCACGAAGAAACCUGUUCUGAUUCACUGGAGUGUCCCCAAUUUGAGUUUAGUAUGAUUUUAAAGAGGAGCGGUGAGAAAGGGCCUACAUCCAUAAAUGCAGUUCAUUUAUGCAUAUGUAGAUACAAGGAUGCACAUAUACACAUUUUCAAGGACUAUUUUAGAUAUCUAGACAAUUUCUUCCUAAUAAAGUCAUUUGUGAAAGGGUACUACAGCUCUCAUUGACAUCAGUAAGGUAGCAUUACCUGUUUAUUCUCUGCUGCAUCUUACAGAAGAGUAAACUGGUGAGAGUAUAUAUUUUAUAUAUAUAUAUAUAUAUAUAAUAUGUAUAUAUAUAUAUAUUGACUUGUUACAUGAAGAUGUUAAAAUUGGUUUUUAAAGGUGAUGUAAAUAGUGAUUUCCUUAAUGAAAAAUACAUAUUUUGUAUUGUUCUAAUACAACAGAAAAGCCUUUUAAUCUCUUUGGUUUCUGUAUAUUCCAUGUAUAAGUGUAAAUAUAAUCGGACAGGUUUAAAAAUUGUGCAUGUGUGUAUACAGUUGCAAGUCUGGACAAAUGUAUAGAGUAAGCCUUUUAUUUAAGUUGUGAUUACCUGCUGCAUGAAAAGUGCAUGGGGGACCCUGUGCAUCUGUGCAUUUGGCAAAAUGUCUUAAGCAGUCAGAUCAGAUAUUCAUCCCAACAUAACAGUAUUCCAUUUCUGGACAUGACUUCCGUGGUUUAAGCUUUGUGAAAGAAUGUGCUUUGAAUCCAAGGGUCUUAAAACUUUUUAAAUCAAGUCAACCACUUUUCAACAUAAAGAAUUCACACAACUACUUUCAUGAAUUUUUUAAUCCCAUUGGAAGCAUAAUAAUAUACCAGGAGUAUUCCAGUGUACUGGAGUACAGGCACAUUACCAUUCAUGGUAUGAAUUCUGGGGUUUACACAACCAAUUUUGAUGCGAUAUGCUCAGUAAUAUAAUUUGUCAUUUUUAUUAGAAAUUUAAUUUCUUCAUGUGAUGUCAUGAAACUGUACAUACUGCAGUGUGAACUUUUUGUUGUGUUUUUUAAUCUUUUAGUGUUUACUUCCUGCAGUGAAUUUGAAUAAAUGAGGGAAAAAAAUG